GUACUGGCAAAGGUGCACCAUACUAUAUGGGUUCGACAACCAGCUUACCAAGAACUGGGCCGCUACUGAGGCCGUAUUCGCCCGCUGUGGGAACGUUACCACCGGACCGUUUGAAAACAUUACCCGCAGGUAGUGCGCCCCCAAAACCACAACGAGCAUAUUCAAGCGGGACGUCUCGUUCCAGCGAUGGUUCCUCUAGACCACCAGAUCGAUUCGCCCCUUUCCAAAGGCCUACCAAUCCUCUUUUUAAUUUACCAGAUGGUUAUAUGUCAUCUCCAGAACGUGGUUCGAGGGGAUACGAAGAUCCGUACUACAGUCAGUACACAACCCGAUCUGGUUCUAUUACCCCAGUAAUAGACGAAGAAGUAAGUGACACAGAACUUUUAGAUGAGCAGUACUCGCUAUAUGGCGUUAAACUACCAUCCGGCGGUCCCAGAGGUGUUAGAUCGCAAUUUCCUGGACCCGCCGCCGCACCUUAUGAUACUACAAGAGCGAAUUAUAAUAGGUUGCGAGUCGAACAUAUGGAAAGACAGCUAGCAAAUUUAACUGGUCUUGUACAAAAAGCUUUAACGCAAACACCACCGUCGCGCGAUUUUCUAGCACCGCCCGGUAGAGAUUCAUAUCGUUCAGGCGAUGAGUUCGAUAAGAACUCCAGUUCAAGUUCAGCUUCUUUACCAGAUGACUCUUACCACCGGUCAGACAGCAUUAAAACACCCAAAUUGGGUAAAAGUAGCUGUCAUAAAUCGGUUUCCUUUGAGAAAUCAGUUUCAUUCAGUGAUGAACCUCCGGAUAUGAAUUCGCCCAAGCAACAUAGUCCGCAGCAUGCAGCGGAUACUAAACCUCCAAAACCUGCAAUCAAAUCCUCUACACUUCCGAGGACUUCAUCACAGGAAAAAGAUCGCCUAAAACCCGCCCCACCUCCGAAACCCGCGUCUCUAUCGCCUGGUCAGUACGAUGGCCGUCACAUAUACAGAGAUUUGCAGCUAACGCCGGAGAUGUACAAUCAGUUGCGUGGAUUGCAAAAGAAAGCGAAAGAUCUGAGGGCAGAAGUGCGAAAUCUGCGUAGAAUGUCCCAGGCGCAAGCCCAUUCCGUCAAGGAAACGAUACGGGACACGUUCAUAAAAAUACGCGCCACACUGAUGGCCGGCGGUGAGCAAGUGUGGCAAGCGGGAAUGGACCAGGAGAGGAUACGUUUAAGUAGGGACGAAGACUUGUAUAAGCAGGAAAUGAUCAGGCUCGAGAAAGAUUUAACAGAUCUGGAGGCGUCUGUGGAGGAACUUAGAGGUAAUGUGAUUAAUCGGAAAACUAGAGUUAAUAUGUCAGAUGUGGAGAAUAUGGCCUUAGUGCUUAGUAAAAGCUCGAAAACUGUAGCGGAUUUAAAAUUGCGGUUUCCUGGUCUGCAAGAUAGUAUGAAAGCGUUUUUAAGCUCGGAAAUGGACAAAGUGGUGAGAGAAGAAAAAUUUUUAAAGGAAGAACCUGAAAGAUUAGAAAGUGCGUUGAGGAGGUGUAAAAAAUUGACUGGCACCCUUGUUACAUUAAAAAGGUUGGCAAGUGUCCAAGAGCAGCGUUUACCAUGUUCCACAAGUGCCCCAGAUGGACGAAUAUCGCCAAGUAUCACAGAAACUCCACCGACAACUCCAAAUUCCGCGCAGCAUAGUAAACCCCCUACCGGCGCACGCGUGGGGCAGAUCGGCUUCGGGGGAGACAAUUCCAACGCCACCGACAGUAACCAACGUCCGGAGAACGCACUCGACGCUUUGUUAGAUGAAUUGCAAACAUUUUCAAAACCACACUCAGCCACCGUUAAUACUCAAAUGCCUCAAGCUUCUUAUUCAGAUUCAACUCCUUCUGAUCCGCCUGCCAUACCAAUUAAAGGUAUUCCACCUUCACAUAGCGCUCAUUUUAGUCAUCCCCACAUAUCGGAGGUUGGUAGAAAGGGUAGUAUGGAUUCGGCAGUCAUAUUACCUACGCAAAACCUUACCGUGACUACAGCAACUGGCAGUUUAAGAAGGCUUCAUUCGUAUCCCAGUGGGUCUGACACAGACAAUAGUCCUCCCAUUCAGCCAUUGAAGUCGCAACUAGAUGGGAAAUCUUUUAAUAAACCUCCAAUUCCUGAACGUAAUGCGGAUCUAUUUCAGCAUAUUUCGGGAAAACGCGUUCCACCCCCACCCCCUCCCAGAACCAGUUCCAAAUCUCCUUUGGCAUCGCCCACGUCACCUAGUCUACCCCCCAGAUCACCCGCAACCGGUUUACAACAUAUCCAAAAUGUACAAAGCGUGGCCGAAAAGCCUCAGUCUCAGUUUGAAGCGGCCACACAGAACUUGGGCUUAAGCACUUUACGUCGUAAUGUUCCUAAUAGAUCUAGUAUAAAAGACAACAAAGCUCAAACACUCCCAAGAAAUAUAGGCUCAAAUCUACAGGUUCACACGCAACCACCAGUAACGGGCAGCGAAUUACAAAACGUUAGCAGCAGCAGUUGCGAAAGUGUCAACUCUCAGGACGGAACAAAAAAAGGAUCGAGAAAGGAAGAAUUAGAGCAAAGGCAUCAAGAACUGCUGAAGAAACAGCGAGCGCUUCAAGAGCAGUACGCUAGACUACAACAAUUGCAGAGAGGAAACAACACCCUUGCUGUAGUACCACCCGCCCCAGAUCAAUUGCUUAAAAAAACCGGCAGCGAAUCCAACUUGCUACAAAAAAUGGGACUUCAGUUGGCGACUACUCAAAUGACAGGUUCACUCACACAUUUGCCUAGUACGACUAGCAUCGGCAACAAUAGUACCAGUACAUCCACAACACAAUCUCUUAGCUCUACUACCGCUGAUAAUACUACCGAAAACAACAUUAAUUCAUCAACCAAUAAAGUAUACGAAACAGAUAUACUGUGACUAACCAUCAAUAAUAGAACCCAAACCGUCUGUUGAUUAGUUGCUAAAUAAAAAUAGUUUAAUGCCUAUCGAUUACUUAUGUUUGAUUUGCUUGUUCCAGAAUUAACUCUAUGGUCCUAGUUGGUGACGAUUCUGCAUGUGUAGUGAGCAUGGGAAUACCUAUUCGAUGACUGUUAAAUAAUAUAUACAGUUAAAAUCAAUAAACUAUUACAACUGUUAUAUUUGUAUAAAUCUUAACUAAAGUAGAAAGUAAUAUAAAUACGAGGGACCCAACCAUAUAUAUCAUCUGUUCAUCUCUCAAAACAAGCAAGUAUCGUAUUUGUAAAUAGCGCAAAAGUAGAAAAGAAUACGCUGUAGCGGAUAGUAGCUUAUCAAGCUCACGGCAUGCACAUUUGCCAUCAGCUAGAAGUUGUAUUGGUUUUUAGAGUUUAGAAAAUAGCCAGAGAGGAUUUGGGGUUGUCUCUACCAGAUUUUAAACUCUCUCUAGCUAGAUUUCUACACUUAUUUAACACAUCUGAUGAUCAUUGCAAUUUGAUUUAUUCCUCACCGAGUUAUCAAUAGGCAUUUCUCUAUUUUCAUUUAGUACCAUUAUUAUUCAUAUCAUAAAAGUAUGAUAUAGAUGUUACAUGUACUGAUCGUGUUCAAAAGUUGUCCAAAAGUUGUUGACCAGAAAAAAACAAAUUUUGUACUUCGGUUGAACGAUUUUCCAUAACAGAUGCUGGAAUAGGUGUAACAUAGGAGUAAGAAAUUUGAACUGUUGCAGCUUGUUCUAAUAUAGCAAAGUUUGCCAAAAUGCUCAGUAGUUUGAAUUUUGCGAGAGUAGAUUUAGUUAUCUAACAGUUAAGUUCCUUGUUAAAUUUUUUUAAAGAAAGUAUUUAUUUUUGGCAAUUGCAAUAUUUGUUUAUUCACUUUGGCACAUUUCCUUAGCUUUUGUAUUUUUUAAUGUAAAUAAAUGCGUCUAAUUAUAAUGAUGUUUUUGCACGAGUCCACAUUAAGAUGUUAUAACACCACUAUUUGUCAUUUAUAUACCUACAUUGUUUCUGAACGUGACUGUAUAUACUUAUACAAAUGAUUUCUAAAAUAUCAAUCGUAAAACAACAUUGGAUCUAAUGUACCUAUGUACUAAAACCUUUCAUUUGUAUAAAAUAAAACAGAACUUACGAAUGUUGCUCAAAGUGUGUUUUUAAAUAAGUUACAUCUGAAUGAAUUUAGCACUACCAAAUUAAAGAUUUCGUUUUUAUAUUUACAUACCUAAUGUAACAUUACCGAAGACGUGAUGUAGUAUAUCAAUUACCUACAAAACCCAAAAAUUAUCAAUAUAAGAUACAGGGUGGAUGCAGCACAUAAUAUACAAUAGCACUUAAGUCGGAUCAUUUUAAUUUUCUAAAGCACUUCAUUUCAUCGUUGCCCUGUAUGAGAUGACUGUAGAAGAACAUGGUUGUGCUAAUGCUUUUUUACAGAGUGUUUGUAAACUUUAUUAAAGUGUACAUUCAGUUAUAUCCAUUUUGCUAGAGUGGUGGCUGCUAACGACUUAGGUGCCAAUGUAAAAUUUAUAAUUGUAAUUAAAUAUUAAAUACAACAUUUAAAAGAUAA